UUUGUCCUUGUAAUCCAUUUAUUUGAAGAGUCUAGAUAUCCUUUCCAGCAUACCAGGUACUGGUAUCUGUAUUCUCGUUUUCUUCCAUUAAGAAUUUCUUUGACUUUGUAUUCUUCUUGUCCUUUUAUGAGGUCAGGUGGUUGUUCGUAA